CAUCGGACCGAAGGUCAUAUUGGGAUGUCAUGGAAUAGAAUGCGAGAAGCCAAAAAUGGUGGGAAAGGGAGAGAGGUGCAGCUCGCGCGUAGACGUACUAAGAAAAAUUAAAGAAUUCACUCGAGCAUUGGUUGAUGAUCUGGAGAACAGUCGGUCACCCAUCAUUAUCAUUGAUCGCUUCAGAAGUUACUGCACCAAUUUCAAUUCAAACUGCUAUUGUGGUUCUGAUUUGCCAUGUGGAAAGGAAGUUCUAACACUUUGCACGGAAAGCCAUGUUCGUAGACUUGAUAUUAUGCUGCGAGUGCUACUGAUUAUUCAGCGACUUUUGCAAGAAAACAAGCAUAGUUCCAAGAGAGACAUCUAUUAUAUGCAUCCCUCUGUGUUUUUGGAUCAAUCAGCUGUAGACCGGGCAAUAAAUGAUAUAUGUGUGCUUAUGGAAUGCAGUCGCCAUAAUCUUAAUGUGGUUUCUGCUGGGAAAGGGUUGGUUAUGGGUUGGAUACGGUUCUUUGAAGGUGAAAGGAUAUUUGAUUGUAUCAGUUCACUCAAUACUGCUUACCCUGUUCCUGUUCAUGCUGAAGAAGUCAAAGAUAUCAUUAGUGUUGCUCAUUUUAUAUUAGUUGUUGAGAAGGAAUCAGUUUUCCAAAGACUAGCAAAUGACCACUUCUGCAAUGCAUGUCACUGCAUCGUUCUCACUGGGAGAGGCUACCCUGAUGUUCCUACAAGAAGGUUCCUGCGGCUUCUGAUUGAGCAUUUGCAUAUACCUGCGUUUUGCUUGGUUGAUUGUGAUCCGUAUGGCUUUGAUAUCUUGACCACUUACAAAUUCGGUUCAAUGCAAAUGGCACAUGACACAAAAUAUCUCCGUGUCCCUGAGUUACGCUGGCUGGGAGCUUUUCCUUCAGAUUUUGAGAAAUUUUCUGUUCCAAAGCAUGUCUUCUUUCUCACUGCUGAAGACAGGAGAAGAAUAGAAGCCAUGCUGCACAGAUGCUAUCUGCAAAGGGAAGUGCCAGAAUGGAGAUUGGAGCUAGAGCUGAUGCUGCAAAAAGGGGUGAAGUUUGAGAUUGAAGCAUUCUCCGUCCAUACACUUUCCUUCUUGUCACAGACUUACUUACCAUCUAAGAUUCAAGGUGAACUGAAGGUCAAGUAUGUGUGUUAGAAGAACAUUAGUUUCUUCGAUCAUAUUACUAUUUGCAGAAGAGUUGUAUUUUUGAUGGUUGCUCCUCAGACGGCCUUUUUGAGGUUGAUUUAAAACUCUAUGGUAAUGAAGCUGUCAUGCACAUUUGGAAA